AUGCCUUGGAUUGCGACAACCGCCGACGAUGGUCUUGUUUUUUUUCCUUGGGAACAAAUCGUGAACUCGCUGUGUGUGCGUUGCGAGAACGAUAUAUUCCGCUUCUGCACGAUUCGCAUCUUAUACACCAUCGCGCCAAACUUCCACGGCUUCACGCUGGCCCAGGCCACCAAGGCCGGCGUGAUCGCAUCGGGCUUCGGCGUUGCCGCCGGCAUCUUCGCCGUGUUCUUCUUCGGCGAGGUGCCCCGUGUGCGCCAGGAUAUUCUCAUGAACGUCCCGGUGAUCGGCGGAUACUGGGAGAGAAAGAUUGCUCCCGAGGAUAAUUCUCAAGCACCAUCAACGAAUAUUGGCCCGUACAUGCAUGCAACUACUGCUCGCUCCCACCCGCCAGGAUCCAAUGCCACUGCCGCCCUGAUUAUUGGCGAUACUCCGAACUUCUACGUCGGGCCGCUACUUGUUUCCGUACCUGCACCCAACGUCAUGGGAGAAUAG